UCCCCCCUUUCUAUUCCGGUUCACAAAUUUCCUCAUGGCAAAUAAACCCUAGUUACUUUUCUCGGUCGGUUGGUCGAGAUUACUUCUCUCUCCAACAAGACUAGUCGGAAGUAGCGGCGGCGGAGGGGAUGGGCGGCAAGGGGCGGCGGCGGAGGGAGAAGAACUACCAAGCGGCCCACGGCGGCGUAACUCGUCUCCCUCCCCCUCCUAAACUCAAAGAGCUCGAAGCCCUUCCCUCCAAGCUCCGCAAGAUCAUGGAGUUCAAGAACCCCUCUUCCACCAAGCCAGGGUCUUUGCGAAGUUCCGAAGAUUCGAGGAAUGAGAGGAGGAAAGGAGGUGCUGCUGGUGAAAAAGAAAAAAAAGCAAAUCCAAAAGAUGUGCACUCUUCCGCUGGUGUAAAUGUAAGAAGAGGAGAAAACUUUGAGAAGACAGCAUCAGAUGAACAUAAAAAUGACAAAGAUGCGACUACAAAUUCAAGCAUAAACAAUGACAGUCAGCAAAAACGAAAGAGGAAGGCAGUUAAUGACUUCCGCUUUCAGGAGUUAGAUCAGGCUGCAUCUCACGUAAGGAAGAAAAAACGCAAGGAGUAUCUUGAAGCUAAAAAGAAGAAGCACAAGAAAGCAAAGACAGAUGAUGUUCCAAACUUCCCUGGGCGUGAAGACAUCAAAUUUGGUGAAAUUGUUGAGGCUCCGCCUAGGUUGUCACUUCCAAAGGCAUUGAAGAAACCCCUCGAUGCUUCACGUGAAAGAAUGAGGUUACAGGCAAUUGAGGCUUACAGGAAUCGCAGAGGAUGGACGUCUAGACCUGGAAUCCAACUUCCUACUCUUCCAGAAACCCCAUCUUGACUGUUGUUCCCAUUACCUUUCUGGAAUCCGGUCCUCCCAUUAUGGUCCUUGCUUAUGGUGGUAUCAUGGACCUGGGACUAACUUCAUGCUUUGUGAUCCACCUUUUAACAAAUAUGGAACUGUCCAUCGGUUAACAGUUCUGAUUUCGGCUACACCAACCAGAGCAUGUCUUCAUACUGAUCUAUGUAUGCUGCUUAAGCAUUUGUACACGUGCCUGUGAGGAAAUAGAGACAAAUUUUGACAUCAUACAAUCUUAAUGAUAGAUCCCUUAAUGUUUUGAAUUAAAUUAAGAAUCCAUGUAUACAGGCAAACUGCUGGAGGAUGAGUUUAGGUAUCCACAAUCUUCGUGUAGAUUUAUGGUUUCUAUACCAUCUUAAUGGUUCA